AAACGUAGCGCGGAGGGUAUGGAUGGGCUGUGGGAACAAUGCGAGAGGUACGCCUCUCUCAAGCGUUGAGGCAUCGAGUCCAUUGAAACAUCUCUGUCUGCACCAUGAACAGCAUCAACAGCAUCUCGCAACAAAUUCUUGCCAAGCUCCCCCUGUAUAGAUUGAAAGAUCUCAUCAAGGCCAUUCGAGCUUGCAAAACCGCUGCAGACGAACGUGCCGUCAUCCAGCGUGAAUCCGCCAACAUCCGUACUGCUUUCAAAGAGGAAAACAGCGAAAGUCGACAUGCCAACGUUUCAAAGUUACUGUACAUUCAUAUGCUGGGCUAUCCUGCUCAUUUUGGUCAAAUGGAGUGCCUUAAGCUUGUAGCUGGCCCCAAAUUUGCUGAUAAGCGAUUGGGUUACUUGGGUAUCAUGCUUUUGAUUGACGAAAAGACCGAAGUCUUGACUUUGGUGACCAAUAGCUUGAAGAAUGAUAUGAACCACUCGAAUAUGUACAUUGUUGGCUUGGCUCUCUGUACAUUAGGUAAUAUAUCGUCGCCUGAAAUGGCACGCGAUUUGUGCGGAGAAGUGGAAAAGCUACUCGGUAGCUCCAACACUUACAUUCGGAAAAAGGCUGCUUUGUGUGCUCUUCGCAUCAUUCGACGAGUGCCUGACUUGCAGGAAAACUUUGUAUCCAAAGCCAAAUCGCUUUUGGCCGAUAAAAGCCAUGGUGUUCAAAUUGCUGGCAUUACCUUGAUAACAGAAAUGUGCCAACAAAGCUCAGAAACGCUUCAAAUCUUCAAGAAGGCUGUCCCACUGUUGGUUCGAAAUCUCAAAAACUUGAUCACGGCUGGGUUCUCGCCUGAACAUGAUGUGACCGGCCUCACCGACCCGUUCCUUCAAGUUAAGAUCCUCCGACUCAUGCGUAUUUUGGCCGCCAACGACCAAGAAGCAUCAGAUGCCAUGAACGAUGUUUUAGCACAAGUCGCCACCAACACCGAAAGCUCCAAAAAUGUCGGUAACUCUAUUCUCUACGAAACUGUGUUGACCAUCAUGGGCAUUCAAAGUGAAGCAGGUCUUAGAGUCCUUGCUGUCAACAUUCUCGGAAAGUUCUUAGGCAACCGAGAUAACAACAUUCGCUAUGUCGCUUUGGAGACCCUUAACAAAACUGUCAACAUCGAUACGCAAGCCGUUCAACGUCAUAGAAAUAUUAUUAUGGACUGUUUACGUGAUGGCGAUAUCUCUAUCCGUCGCCGUGCCUUGGAACUCAGUUUUGCUUUGAUUAAUGAGAGCAACGUCCGAGUCUUGACUCGUGAGUUGCUGGCUUUCCUUGAGGUUGCUGAUAGUGAGUUCAAGCAGAGCAUGACCAUCAAAAUAGCAUUGGCUGCUACCAAGUUUGCUCCCAACCGACGAUGGCACAUUGAUACCAUGCUUCGCGUUCUAAAGUUGGCUGGAAACUAUGUUCGAGAAGAAAACUUGGCUGGAUUCAUUCGCUUGGUUGCGCAAUCAUCUGAUUUGCAUCAAUAUACUGUACAAAAGUUGUACUCUGCUCUCAAGAGCGACAUUUCUCAAGAGGCCUUGGUAUUGGCUGGUGUGUGGGUCAUUGGCGAAUACGGUGAUGUAUUGGUGUCUGGAGGCAAUUUCGAAGAUGACGAUGUCAUGAAGGAGGUGUCGGAAGGAGAUAUACUCAACCUUUUCGAAUCUAUCUUGAACGGACCUUACGCUAACCAAGUCACUCGCGAGUACAUUGCUACAUCCUUGAUGAAACUCUCUGCUCGAUUCAACGAUACCACAGUCCUUCAUCGUAUUCAAGGCAUUCUUCAGAAAUUUACAUCUAGCAUGGAGGUAGAGAUUCAGCAGCGUGCUGUCGAGUAUACCAAUCUGUUUAGUUAUGACAACAUUCGACCAGCGGUGUUGGAGCGUAUGCCUGUUCCCGAAGAGCGACUCAUGAGCGAAACUACCGGUGGUCGUGGCACUCCCUCUUUGGAUGGCGGUCACUCCUCUAAGGCUGGACCAAGUGAUCAAGAUCUCCUGUUGGAUUUGAUGGGUGUUGGUACUGCGUCUGGAGGAGCAGCACAAGCUACGCCCGAGGCCUCACCAAUAUCCCCCUCCACGACUUCCAAAGCACCUCCGGCCGGUAACAACAUGGAUCUCUUGGCUGACAUUUUCGGUUCUGGAUCAGGAUCUCAACCUGCUCCUCAAUCCCCUCCCCCCUCCAUGGGUGGCGGCAGUCUGCUCGAUAUGCUUGGCCAAGACACGCCUACCUCACCCAAAGUACAACAACAACGUGCUACUUCGCCUACUGGUGGAUUGCAGAACAUGGCUUCUCUUGGCCAAGCCUUGCCUUCUGCCACGAAUGGCCGAGAUAACAGACACCAAGCAUUUGCUCAAGAUGGUUUGGUGAUCUAUCUCACGCCUUCUCGAGACCAGCAGAACCCAACGGUCAUCAAUAUCCAAAUCACCUUUGCUAACGAUGGUAGCCAAGGUACUAUCUCCGAUAUGCAGUUCCAGGCGGCCGUUCCAAAAACCCAGCGACUGCAAAUGGCACCUGCCAGUAGCAAUGUCAUUCAGCCUGGUAGUAGCGAGAAGCAGAUGAUGCGAGUUGCUAAUCCUCAGCAGACUCCCUUGAGAUUCCGUCUGCGAAUCGCUUACUUGCCUUCAUCCACUGGCCAAAAAGUAGAAAAAAUCUCAGAGUUUGGCCCUUUCCCUGAAAACGCUUACUGAGAUCCUCCCCAGUGGACCUUUACCAAAAAAAAAAUUGUCCCCUUUUCUUCUUAUUCCCAAUAAUCAUACACCAAUUCAUGGGUUAUUCAUUCC